AUGUCGCCCUUCAACAAGAUCCGCGAGGGUCUUGCCCGAGAGGACAACACUCCCGUUGCCCAGACUCUGGCUCCUCAUGAGAAGGAGAUCAAUGAGUCUCCAGACACCAUCACCGAGACUGGCCCUGACCACGACAAGGAGGCCACUGCUGGUGCUCAUGCUCCUGAUGAGAAGGGAAAUGAAUCUGAUGUUCCUAGCGAGGAUGUUCAAAAUGGUGUCAAGGAGAUCCAAGCCAUCACCCUCACUUGGGGUAAGGGAUCUCUGGCCGCUCUUCUGUGCCUCAUCUGGACUCUGUUCCUCAUCAGUGGUUUCCGAAGUUCUUUCUACCUCGUCCUGGUCCCCUAUGUAACCAGCGAGUGGCAAGCUCACUCCCUGAUGACCACCAUCCCCAUCGUAUCAUCUGCCAUGACCGCAGCUUGCUACAUUCCUAUGGCUAAGGCUCUUGACGUCUGGGGCCGUGCUGAAGGAUUCCUCCUCAUGAGUGGUUUUGCCACUCUUGGUCUCAUUCUCAUGGCCGUCUCUCAAAACCUCGCUACUUUCUGUGCCGCACAGGUCUUCUACUCUGUCGGUUUCGGAGGCAUGAUCUACGCCGUUGGUGUCCUCGCUGCCGAUGCAUCUAACCUGAGGAACCGAGGUUUGGCUUUCGCUUUUACUUCCUCUCCUUACAUGAUCACCGCGUUUGCUGGUUCCAAGGCCGCCGCCGCCUUUGUUACUGAUGUCGAGAACUGGCGAUGGGGUUUCGGUUGGAUCGCUCUCGUUUUGCCCUGCGUCACUAUUCCUCUGUUCCUCGUGCUUAAGAUCAACCUGCGCAAGGCUUUCAAGAACGGUACAGUUACCAAGACCACUCGAAGCCGCGGCUUCUUCGGUAGCAUCUGGUGGGCCUUUAACGAGUUUGACGUUGUUGGAGUUUUGCUCUUUGGUUGUGGUCUCGUCGUCUUCCUUCUUCCCUUCAACCUUGCGGCCCACGCCCCUAACGGUUGGAGUACCGGCUACAUCAUCGCCAUGGUCGUCGUUGGCUUCUGUACUCUCGUCUUCUUCGGUAUCUGGGAGUACUGGCUUGCCCCUGUGCCUUUCCUCCAGGGCCGCUUCCUCCUCGACCGAUCCGUUGUCGCCGCCUGCAUGAUCGAUCUGACUUAUCAGAUCUCCUACUACACCUGGAACUACUUCUUUACCUCCUUCUUGCAGGUCGUUGUCAACCUUCAGCCUGCCGAGGCUGGAUAUGUCAACUCGACUUUCCAGGUUGUUUCCGGCGUGCUUCUUUUCAUCGUCGGUUUCCUCAUCCGCAAGACCGGCUACUACAAGUGGACCUUCUACUUCGCUGUCCCCAUUUACAUCUUCGCCCUCGGUCUCAUGAUCCAUUUCCGGGCCCCUAACCAGUAUGUCGGAUACAUCAUCAUGUGCGAGAUUUUCAUCUCGGUUGGUGGUGCUGUCUUCAUCCUGGUUAUGCAGCUCGCCGUCCUCGCCGCCGUUGCCCAUCAAUACGUCGCUGCCGCGCUCGCUACUCUAUACGUCGCCGGAGGUGUCGGCGGUGCUGUUGGAGGAGCUAUCUCCGGUGCCAUCUGGACAAACACCUUCAUCCCUCAACUCAUCAAGAGGCUGCCCGAGUCCGAGGUAGCCAACGCCCCCCUCAUCGCAGGAAACAUUGUGAGCCAGCUUUCGUACCCAGUCAACAGCCCUGCUCGACUUGCUAUCCAGGAGUCGUACGGCUAUGCUCAAGUUAGAAUGCUUGCUGCCGGUGUUGGUAUUGCUUCUUUGUUCUUUAUCUGGGUCCCCAUGCUCAGAAACAUCAACGUCAAGAAGCUUAAGCAGACCAAGGGUCUCGUCCUCUAA